GCAGCAGCAGCAGCAGAAGAAGCAGGGCUCCGUCCGGAGUGACUCCGAUCCUGGCUCCGGAGAGAAGCAGCCAGGGGAGCCUCCCUCCCGAUGGUGGCCGGAGAAGAGCAGCAGGAAGAGGAGGAUGACUCCCCAGCAAAAGGGGCCCUGGCCCCUGGCCUCCCCCGAGAGGAGCAAGAAAAUGAAGCCCAUCAUCCAAAGGAGACGCUCCACUUCUGCCGCCAUCAGCAGAGCCCUCAGCAAGUCCAAAUAUCAUUCCAGCAGAGAGAUUACUCUUUCCGCUUCCCAGCCUGACAAUGGCUUAUCCACCGGCGCCUUUGGGAACCCAAAUUCCGUCUUCAUUUUGGACGAACGCAUCCAGCUCACCUUGGGACUACAGACGCAAGAACGGCAUUUGCUCCUCUUCAGCGACGUGCUUGUUGUGGCCAAGUCCAAGUCUUCUUCUAGCUUGAAACUCAAGAAGCAAGUCCCCCUGAGUGAGGUGUGGACCAGCUCCUGCCUCGGAGACGUUUCGGAGAAAAAGAUGAACCCGGAGACGUCCUUUGUCAUCGGCUGGCCCACCGCCAACUACGUGGUCACUUGCAGCUCUCCUGAAGUGAAGGAAAAAUGGCUGUCAACUCUGCAAUGGCACAUUGAAGAAGCAAAGCAGACGGAGUAUCCCAAAACUCUGCCCAUGCAGGUCUUCUUGAUGGACAGCGAAAACAGCUCCUCUAGUGCCCUCCUCAGCGUCUCCAACAUGGAAGUCGCCGAUGAUGUCAUCAAGAAGGCAGCGCAACAGCUGGGACUUCCUGGCAGAGCAAGUGACUACCAUCUCUGGGUCCUUUCAGGAAGGGACAGCCCUGCCUACCCUCUUCUUGGCCAUGAGUAUCCCUUCAGCAUUAUCCUCGCUUGCCUCCGAGACUCCAUGGACCAGCUCCAGGGAACCAACAACAACCUCCUUUUGGCUGCUGAAUAUGAAACCUUCCUCCUGGACCAUCUCCCCAGGGACCGGCAAUGCCAGUUCAUCCUGAAGCCCAGGCCCCAUGCUCCAGUCCAACUGCGGAGAGAAACCCUGCAGAAGCACAUCAAGAGGAAGAAGUCCCUGAUCGACUGGGCUCUCCGGAGGAGUAGCAGCACUCCGACCAGCAGCCCAGCCUCCCAGUCCCCAACCAACCCCAGGAAGCUAUUCGGCCUCUCCCUGACGUCUGUUUGUCCCGAUGGAAGCCUUCCCAAACCAAUUAAGGAUAUCCUGCAACUCCUGUACUACGAAGGCCCUUCGACGCGGGGGAUCUUCAGGCGUUCAGCCAAUGCCAAGAUUUGCAAGGAACUGAAGGAGAAACUCAACUCUGGAGAUGAAGUCCGGGUGGAUGGCGAAUCGGUCUUCGUGGCUGCGGCAGUCAUCACGGAUUUCCUGCGAAAUAUACCCAACAGUGUCCUGUCCUCAGAGAUGCAUGGGCUCUGGAUGGAAGCUAUGGAUAAGGAGAACCAAGCGCAUAAGAUCGAAGCCAUCAAAAGCCUAGUGAAUCAGCUCCCAGAGGCCAACCGGAUUUUGCUCCGACACCUCUUUGGCGUCUUGCAUCACAUCGAGCAGAACGCCAUCGAGAAUCAGAUGAAUGCCUUCAACCUGGCCCUUUGCAUCGCCCCCAACAUGCUUUGGCUUCCCAGACCAACAGGACCCGAAGAAGAGAGCAAGUCGACAAAGAAGGUGGCCAUGUUGGUACAAUUCCUAAUUGAGAAUUCGGCUGAAAUUUUCGGAGGGGACAUUGCUUCCCUGUUCCAAAGGCCAGAAAGGAAGAAGUCCAAAAGUGUGGAUGACAUAUUGGUUCAACGCAAUGAUUCCUCGGAUGAGAUGGAAUUUGCUGCUUCUUACGGGGAAAGACCGGAGCAGCAUUACCUGCUUGAAGUGGAGGAUGGCCUCUUCAGCCCUUCUGGGGAGUUGCUGCUGAGUGAGCACCGAGAGGAUUGGGACUUGUUCAGCGAGAUCGAUGCUUGCUACCAAAGCAAGGCGAGGAAGAAUGCCAGUGCGGACAGCUACGACCUCCUGGAGCAGGAGGAAGAGGGUGGCUCCUUCUGCUCCCUCGGAUCCGCCUGUUCCCUGAGUCCGGCAAGGGACCGAUGCUCUUCAGAGCCCAGCGUCUGCCUGAGCUCUCAGCUCCCUUCCCAGGACCAUGAGCCGGUUGCACGGCAGUCCAGCUGUGAUGCCACCAUCAUGCGCCAUCAUGGGGAUUACAUCCGCAGGCUCAAGCAGUUGCAGCUGGAGAGCCAGAAGCUCAUAGAUGAAGGCUUGAGCCCUGGGUUGAGCAGAGCCGCUCGGCCGAGCUUCUGGAGAGGCCCUCAGAGCAGUCAUGUGGCCAAGACGUUCGGCCUUCAGAAGACCAGCCUCUCCAACCGGUCCAGUUUCUCUAGCCUUUCGUCAACCACCACCUCCCCUUCUGCCUCCUCCUUGAGCUCCCUGGACAGUGCUUUCUCCUAUUGCUCCGAGUCGUCGGCCUUCAGCCCUGCAGAUGUCUCCAGCCUGCCGUUCAUGUUCGGCACGUCCGCCAGGCUCCAUGCUUUGUCCCCCAAAAUGGCUAAGCGGUCCAUGAAAGAGUGGCACAAGCCUUUAACUUCCCCGUUGCCCCUCAGCUCUUGCGACAUGAACUUUUCCUUUGAGAAGCAGGAAGGUGACCAGGAGAGCAGCGGCAGAGAGGAAACGGCAUUCUUUGUGCCCAUCGUUGGCACUGGCGGAAGCCCACCUAACGGGAAUGGCGAAAAGGAAGAGUGCCAUGCCAAAAAACUUCCCCAUCCUCUUGGAAGCUGCUCUGCUGUCAAGACAGAAUAUAGGACUCUCAUCCCAAGCCCCGAAAGCAAUUCUCUGACUGGAAGACAAGCACAGAGGGAGAAGUCAGUGAAGCACAUUGAGAUCAAAUGUCCCAAAGAUGCCCCUCACGCUCAAGGAAGCUUGAAGCGUACCAAGAUAACUGUCUAUAUGGCCCCGAAAGAGAGGAGCCUGAGGGAGUCCUCAGAAGGACAAGAGGAUGGAUAUGUGGUCCCCAAGGAGAGUAAUGUUAUCUCCAGUGGUCUUUCCAAGAGCCUACAGACUGUAAGGGUUCACAUCCCCCAGACGGUAUUUUAUGGGCAAAACACUCCUUUGGUUCUCCAGUCCGUUGCGCGGAGGUACCACCACGAAUCAAUGAGCCACUUCUCCCAAGUGGCAGUGGCAGCUCCCCAAAGUAAUCCCCUUGUAGAAGAACCAAGCUCUCCAGCCCAGGAAGAUGGGCACCAUGGCAAGGUUGGCAGCAAGACCUUCAGCCACACGUUCCGCAUUUUCCUCCCGGCAUCCAUCCGGAACACGGUCCGUGAAUACUUCAGCCAUGACGGCGCCAAGGAGUGUUGCGCCGCAAGUGCAGAGACGGUGGAGAAGGAGCUCAUCCGGAGCAGGGCAGAGUGGCUUAGGGGCCAGCCCUGCGCCGGAGCCAACGCUGACGAGCGCCAGGGCUUAAUGAUCGCCGAAGAGACUUUUGUCUAGGAGCACUGGCCCUGGAUUCGGGUCCUCCCACAGGGGAGGAUUGUAUGUAAACAUGCCCUGUAAUAUAUGAGAUGUGAAGAAUUUGACAGGCCUCCAAUGGCGGCCAAUGGCUUCGCUAUCAAGGGAGUGCGGGACGGUGAAUCCACUCCGGGUUUAAAAGGAGCUGUCUAAAGUGCUGCAGCUAUUUUGGGGAUUUGGGGUUCGAAGGCAAGCUAAAACCUGAAGUGGAUUCACCGUCCCAAUGGCUGCCGCUGCUGCACAGGUGCAAAGCGACUUCCGCUGUCCUUUACAGCUUCUUAAAAUUCAUUUGUUUUACCUUCUGCUCAAAACAAAGAAGAGGAAGAGCUGUUUAAGAGGUCGAGGCUGACUUCUAGCCAGAGCUUCAAAAUGUAUUGCUUUUUGGAGCCUUUUCCCAGGUUCACCCAUCGGAAGUUGCUCAGCCUACGGGAACGGCCAGCAUUUGUUCAGCUCCGUUCCAAAGUUAUAACAAAUACAAAAAACAAAGAAGCAGCUUAGCAUUUUAAGAAUCUUUGCUAAUAUUUUGCUUUCUUAACAGGCUUAUUCUGAGGAAUCUAAGACCUAAAUCCAAAGGCUGAUCCCAACUAGAGGCCCUUUCUCGCUGCAGAGUUUUAGCACUAGGAAUCCACUCGAAACUCCCUGGCUCCAUCCCUAAAUUAUUUUGGGAUUUUUAGUUUAGGGAUUGGCAUUGAGAAAUCUCAGCCAGAGAGUAUAGUGUCUCCCCCAAAUUUCAAAUCCCAGGAUGCCAUAGACAUGGAUGUUUAAAGUGGACUCAUAGUGCUAUAAUAGUUCUGUAGUUUGGAAGGGCACCAGCGAACUCUGAAUCAGUUCAAUCAAUGCAUACAUAAAUCCCAUGGACUCAGUGGAUUGACUCUGGUUCUCGGUUAGGAAUUGGAUUUAUUUAGGCUGAUGAUGGGCUUCUCUAUAACUUGGCUUCAGGUUAUUCUUCUUCUUGACAAUCAGCACCCCUUUUUCUUGUGUAGUUGUGUCUAUUCACUGAAACGAGACAUCCAGUUUUCUUCUCCCUUGGCUUUCCCCUCCUAUAAAUCCUAGUAUUGGACUCAGUGAUAGAAAGUUAAAAAGAACAGAGAUGGGAUGUUGGACCUUUCAGGGAUGAGGUGAGGAUUCGUAUUAAUUCUUCCUCGCUUCUUUGGAGAUGGAGAUGGGCAGCGUUUUGGGUCUGCUGUGUUGCCCAAGUACAACAACAUCCCAAAUCCACAAAACAGUGAUAAGUUUCCAACAAAAAUGCAUAAAAAUACACACAGUGCAAGCUUUCGAAGCUCCACUGGCUUCUUCACCAGGGAAAGGUAUCAAGAAUCAUACAGGGAAGGGAAAAGUCAUGACAAUGUUAUCACAGGCUUGCAAUUUUUUCAAGGCAUUGUUGAAAAUGGAGAAUUGAAAUGUUAUCUCCUGGACUUUGGAAAGCGUUGUCUCCCAGGGCCAUAUGGCCAGAAGGAAGAGGGACCGGUUUGCGUACAUCUCCAAAGAACAACACACCAGCAACACCUUGAGUAGAUGCAAGCCUGUGACUAACUUUGCCAUUUUAUAAUGACGAUGCAAGCGUCUUGGUUGGCCAAAUGAAGGUUAGCACUGUUUUGUGGGCUUUGGGUUGUUAUUAUACUUUGCUAUAUGGUCAACAUGGCUACACCUAGAUAGGCUUCUUGUGUCGCAUGUGGAAGUACUUUUGCAAAGUGGUUGGGAAUGUGAGAAGGUAAGAGGUAUGUUGGUGUGCCAACCUCGAAGCGGCCCAUUUGUGGUGGCCAUUUAGCAGCUUCCUAACAAGGGGAGGUCUGUAGAGGCUGUCUUGGGCACACUUGAUCUGGUUGGCAUCACUUGCUGAAGGAUUUGUAUAGUAGACACUGCAGCUCACCCUGAGAUUGAGUUGCUUCAUAUGAAUAUGCUAACCUUUAUCACAAUAAGUGUACAGUAUCCACACUGCAGAAUUUAAGCACUUUGACACCACUUUGGCUGGCAUCACUCUAUCCUAUAGAAUCCUGGGAUUUGUAGUUUAGUGAAGCACCAGAGCUGACUGACAGACCAGGCUGAAUACCUCACUAAACUACAAAUCCCAGAAAAUAGAGUGAUGGCAGCUAGAGUGGCACCAAUCUGCUUUCAUUUUUCAGUGUGGAUGCACCCAACGUUGGCUCAUACCUACUUAGGGUGCGUCUAUACUGUAGAAAUAAUGCAGUUUGACAUCACUUUUAAGUGCUGUGGCGCCAUCCCAUGGAAUCUUGGGAUUUGUAGUUUUAUAGCCUUCUAUGCCAAAGAGUGUCCAUGUCUCAUCAAAUUGCAAAUCCUAGGAGCCAUGACAGUUAAAGCGGUGUCAAACUGCAUUAAUUCUGCAGUGAGGCAGCAGCCUCAGUUUCGUUGAAAGAAAAUGAAGGUGUUACAAACUGAGAAAUGUGGAAAGGCAGAAAGGUUUAGAAGCAAAAUUUUGUUCAAUGGCUAUGGAAGGUGUCUUUUAUUUUUAGAGCUGGGCUAUAUAUAUAAUAGAACAGGACCAUUUUUUAAAAAUCCUAUUUAUUUGAUUUAAUUAUCCACUUCGACAGCCAUCUCUCAGCCUUGGACCAAAAUUCAAAGGGUAGAUCUCUCUGUGCGUCAACCAAAAACACUCUAUAUUUUUCCGUUUGAUUUUAACUUGGAAGGAAAAAGAUGAUGCCUGCCAAUCGUCUUCUGUUCUUGGGUUUUUAAAAAUGCAAUCCCUGCUCCUUUUGAUUUGGGGCUGUUUUGGGGCCAAGCACAAAGACCCCACAAAAUCUUUUCUCUCUUGCAAUUCUGUACAUUACUGAGGCAGCUUCUUCUCUCGAAGGUUUGUAAGCUUUUGGAUGUAAAUAAUUCAAUUAAUAAAGAAAACACGGUUUUA